CUGACAGAAGCGUGUUGGAUUUUCAACUACAAGCAGGAGCUGCAGCAGUUUGUGUAAUAGGGUGGCGAGAAGAGACAGGAAUUUGCUAUCGCAAUCUGUAGUAUGGCGUGCGCGCAUAGCUUUUAUACCUGGCAUGGAGUAAUGCUAUUCCUGCAAUACACCAGUUAUCUAGUAGUAUUGCUACUCUGUCUGGUUUACGGUUCAUUUUCUGGACCAGUUCAUGUGGAUACUCAUGUGACAGCAGUUUGGGGAAAGAAUAUAACAUUGAAAUGUCUAAUUGAAGUCAAUGAGACAAUAACACAAAUCUCUUGGGAGAAAAUUAUUGACAAUGGUGCUCAAACCAUAGCAGUUCAUCAUCCAAUUUAUGGGACUUCAUUUCAAGAAUUCUAUCAAGAUAGAACCAUGUUCAAAAAUGAUUCUCUGCAUGAUGCAACUAUUAUUAUAAAAAAUAUAGACUUUUCAGAUUCAGGAGAAUACAUCUGCAAAGCUGUUACUUUCCCACUUGGAAACAUUCAAUCAUCAACAACAGUGGUUGUGUUUGUUGAACCGACUGUGGGCUUAACAAAGGGAGUUAACCCUUUGAUCGAUGGUGCAAAUGAAACAGUAGGAGCUUUCUGCAUAGCUUCAACCGGAAAACCUGCUGCUGAAAUAAACUGGGAAGUGUCCUUUGGGAGAAACACAACAAAUAUAAUUUAUUAUCCAAACAAAACAGUAACAGUCAUAAGCCAGUAUUGGCUAAUUCCAACUAAAUUUGUAAAAGGAAGAAAUAUAACCUGUGUGGUCAGGCACCCAACUUUAGCAAAUGACCUUAGGUAUCCUUUCACUUUGGACAUACAAUAUGUUCCUGAAGUUUCAGUGACUGGUUAUGAUGGAAACUGGUUUAUUGGCAGGACAAAUGUUCAUCUUAAAUGUAAUGCAGAUGCUAAUCCACCUCCUAAAGAAAUAAAGUGGAGCAGGUUAGAUGGAUAUUGGCCUGAAGGUGUAUUGGCUGUAAAUAAUACACUGCAUUUCAUUUACCCACUUUCUCACAAUUUUUCUGGAAUAUACUUGUGCAAAGUGGCCAAUGAACUUGGCCAGAAAAGUGAACAAAAGAUCAUCACUAUUUUAGAUCCCCCAGCUACUACUUUACUUCCACGGACCCACUCAGCUUUUGACUUGACAGACUUGGCAACAUCUUCAAAAAUGUUGAAACAUCCACCCUCAACUAUGGCAACAAAACAAGGGGGGCAUUUUGGCACAAUUUUUGGCUGCUUAGUAGGAGGGAGUCUCUUUCUAAUUUUUUCAACUGUGCUGUUUGGAGUCUUCUACUAUAGGCGAAAACAAAUAUUUCGUGGUGACUACUUUACAAAGAGCUAUAUUCCCCCAUCAGAUAUGGAAAAAGAGUCACAGAUUGAUGUUAUCCAACCUGAAAAUCUUGAUCAUAAUCCAAAUACUAUGAAACAAGACGAGAGAAAAACAAAUCUUUUUUAUAAUGAUGUUCUUCAAAAUGUUGAACAUCCUGAAUGGAACAACAGAUGUCAAGAACAGAUUGACAGACCAGUGAAUCCAUACAAUAUUAAAAUUAUGUCUAAAGUAUCAACCUAUGAUACAGAAGAUGAUUUAGUAUCACAUAUCGAUGGGUCAGUUAUCUCUAGAAGAGAGUGGUAUGUUUAAGAACCCUUAGAAGGAU